AUGAGAUUAUCCCCUCACCCCCGCCGCCAGUCCUCUUCUUCCUCGGGAUCCACCGCGAGCCAACCACCUCUCCACCUCGCUUUCCCCACCGGACCAAUCCAUCCCAGCCAUCCCAAUCCCCACGAAGAUCCUUCUCGCCACCGCCCGCAGCCUCUCCUCCUUGCUACGCGGGCUGCACGAGCACAACAGCCGCUCGGGCACCAGACCCCUCUCCCGCCCGGAUCGAGGCCGCCGCCGCUCCUCCCGUGCGCCUUCCGCCACCAUGAGCCGCCGGCGAGCAGCAACGCCAGGAACCAUGGAGCCCGAAGCCAUGGCCGCGCCUCCCGUCGACCUCCGCCAUGGUUGGCCGCAGCUCCCUCGCCGCCGUUUGCACCAGGCCAGCCGGGAGACGGACGAACCCGUCCUCCCGCGUCCAUCCCCGUGUCCCGCUCGUCCCGGAGCUCCCAUGCUUCGCCAAUUCUGGGGCCGCCGUGUUGCCUCGUCACCGGAGCCCUGCAGGAGCACCAGCUGGCGCCACCAUCAUCGGCGAUGGGCUUCCGCCGGCCGGAUCCGACGCCCUGGAGACCCACGCCCCCGCCGAACCUCCUUCCUCCGCCCCAAGUCCCUCGAUCCACCGUUCGGAGCCCACCUCCUUGCUGUCCCCGGUGCCAUCGCGCAUAUGCUUCCUCUGCUUCAAGGACGACCGCAGCGCCAAGUCCCGCUCGAACCAGCCGCUCCGUUGACCGCGCCUCUGCCUCCAGAUCACCCGGCCCAGCGCGCCUCCCAAGCCCACUAUGUAGCUGGCCCAGCAACCGACCCAAGCCGCCCUGCCGCCCUCCCUCCUCCUCCGAAUGGGCCGAGGCCCAUGGCGAGGCCAGCUGCGCGCCCUCCUUUUUUCCACUGUUGGGCCAGCCUCUGAUUCGGCCCAUAUAUGUUUUUUUACAGAUCUGCGAUUUUCCUAAUUAUCCAGGGAAUUGUAGUUUUGUAGUUUAGCCCCUAAACUUCAUGCAUAUCCUAACUAAUUAACCGUGCAUCGUAUUAAAACAAACUUUAUAUGAAAAAUGCUUAGAAUUUUGUCUAGUUUCAUAAUUUGCAA